GCAUUACGUCGCCCGCAGUCAGGAAGAAGGCGGAGUGGUUUUUUUUUUUCAUGGAUGUUUUAGGAAAGCUCUGUUAUUUCUUUAUAAGAUGGAGCUUCCCGAUACAUUAAGAAAACGYUUAGACGACUUCUCUCGGAGUGUCUUAUUCGACCAGAGUCGCGCGCCGACCUCAAAAGGCGACGAGACKUUUUUGCCAAACGACAAACAGGUUCUGUCCAGCCUCCCGCUCCAGAUGUCUUUGUAUUUCAACAUCUGGUUCUUCCCGCUGUGGUGGAUCAGUGAAACUGUGAUGCUUCAGCUCAAGUACCCCGCCUUGCCAGACUACUACAAGUUCAUCCUUGUGACGGUUCUGCUGCUGAUGACUCUGAUCGAAGCCAUCAGACURUAUCUGGGUUACGCUGGAAACCUGCAUGAAAAGGUUCCAGAGUUGGCCGGCUUUUGGUUGCUGAGCAUCCUGCUGCAGUUUCCGCUCAUCUUUUUUCAGCUCUUUAACGAAGCCGUGCUCAUACAGCCUUUGGAAAGGGGCGUUCACAUAGUUCUGGCUGUGUUUAUAUUCACACAGGCUAUCUCUGGGUUUGUGGCGCUGCGGGACAUGGUUAGACACACAAGAAGCCAGUUUCACCUCCAGCAGCUUGAAUCCUGAUGUGAUCUGGAGUUUCAUGGGUGAACAGGAUCUCUUAUGCAGACUUGACAACAUUUGCAUGAGGAAUAUGAUCUAUUUUCUGAGGAAUAUGAUCUAUUUUCUGAGGAAUAUGAUCUAUUUUCUGCACGGCUGAAUGGUUUUCUUAUGUAUUUUAUUUGCUUUUGAUGAGAUUGUAUUUUUGUUUUUGUAAAUGUGAAGUAAAUAACUUUUGCAUA